UAUACGAUUUCCAAUCAUCCGCCAGUUAUUGAGCAUUCAAAUUUCCCAUUUAGGAAGUAAAUUGAAUACGAAUUCCGUUGUUCAGAUUGAUCAGCACAGGAAUACAGAAGAACAGAGCAGAACACAGCAGAAAAUGCUUGGUCUUCGUGUGGUUCGCGGACCGAAUUGGCAGCACGGUGACCAAGAUGGCGGCGAAGAUCACGUGGGUACGGUGGUGGAGGUGAAUGGAGCUAAUUCCGUCAUCGUGGUUUGGGACAUGGGAUGCACCACUGUGUGCCGAGGGGGUGGCGGGGAAUAUGAUCUGAGAGUUUUUGAUGGAGCGCCCGUUGGUAUUUGUCAUCCCAUCGCAUGUGUAGCCUGUGAAGAUGUCGCGGUUUUUGGAACAAUCUGGAGAUGUGCCACUUGUACCAACGUUACUUUAUGCUCUCCCUGUUACCAUGAUGACAAACAUGACAUUUCACACGAGUUUGUUAGGCUUGACUUACCGAAAGCAGAUCCAGUAACCGUUCCUAAACGAGCAUCAAGUCAGCGGUCAAGGUCAAUGGGCAUUUUCCCGAACGCAUUGGUUAAACGGGGAGCACACUGGGAAUACGGCGACCAAGACGGGGGCAGCGGGCACGAGGGUUCCGUCGAGGACAUAGUCAAUUUCGGCCAGGACGCUUCAGACCGAAACGCUGCUCGUGUCACGUGGAAAAACCGACAUACGCACGUGUACAGGGUUGGUUAUUCUGGGAAGAUGGACCUCAUGUGCACAGAGGAAGCACCCGGGCUCUCUUUCUAUCCAAAACAUCUUGCAGUGCUAGACAUUGAACGCUUUGCAAAAUGGAGCAAGAGUGGCGUCCCUUUGUGUGUCGGCGAGCAGGUGUGCGUCACCAUUUCCCUGAGCGAGUUGAAGCAGCUACAACAGGGCAGCUGGCAUAAUCGCUUUGAAGAAAUAAUUGGCGAGGUCGGGGUCGUUGAAUCCUUCACAAGUGAGGGUGACGUGGUGGUUGACUACGAAGGAGAUGUCAUCACAAUUCACAGAGCUGCCCUCUCCAAGGUGUACCAAUACGGGAAAGGAGACUUGGUGAAAGUAAUCGGCUCGAAGGAAAAAGUGCGACGUCUCCAGAAAAACCACGGAGGGUGGGACGACGAAAUGAAUGAUGUUUUAGGUAAAACUGGCAAAGUUAACAUAGUGGACAAGGACGGUGACAUCGGUGUUGUAUUUGAAGACAAGGCGUUUGUGUUUAAUCCUUCUUGUCUUACAAUGGUGCAGGCGUCUGAUCAUGAUGAGGAUGACGAGGACGAAAGCGACGAUGAAGACGAAGGGUUUCUAGUUGGCGACGCACUUGUGCCAUUAGAGCAGGGCAAGGAAGAUGCUUCUGAUGAUGAUGACGACGACGAGGGGGAUGCUGGAGCCGGUCUACUGCAGAUGUUUGCUGGCCUUGCCUUGCUGCAAGCACUCGCUGAUGCAACAUCUGAAUCAAACCCUCGACAGGCACUUGUAGACGCGAUUGAGAACAAUCAAGUGGACGACGUCCGAGAAAUUCUUGAACAACAACCGGAGCUGAAGGAUUUCAAGCCGCAGGGGAUACCUCUUCUGUCGAUAGCUACGUUUAAGGGACACGAUGAUGUCAUCAAAGUUUUACUGGAGGAGGGUGCGGAUAUAGAUGAGGAAGAUAGCAAAGGAUCAACACCGCUGCUGAUCGCCAUGUUUGUCGGCAACACGAGUUCUGCUACACUGCUGCUUCAGAGAGGAGCAAACCUUAACGUCAAAAAUCAGGAAGGACGAUCGCCCGUGCACGCCGCGGCUCACAAGGGGCUUCCGGACAUCCUGAAACUUCUGCUUGAGAAAGGAUGCAACCCUAACAUACAGGAUGUUGUAGGUGAUACCCCUCUCCACGACGCCAUAUGCGAACGUCAUGACGCCACGACGUCAAUCUUGAUUGAAGACACACGAGUGAACGUGUGGCUUCAGAACAACAAAAAUUUUAACCCGAUGCACCUUGCGUGCUUGAAACAAUACGCAUUUGCUGUUGACAAGCUGCUUACCCGCGAACCUGGACUUGGUUCCGCUCCGAAGAAUGACGGUUUCACGCCUCUGCACAUCGCCGCAUUUAACAACCACGUCGCAGAAGCCACCGUACUCCUUAUCAAGGGUCGUGUGGACAUUAACGCAAGGACACAUGAAAAAGCCACCCCUCUUAUGUUGGGAGCAUCCCAGGCUCAUUUCGACAUAACGAAACUAUUGCUGGAGUACGAAGCUGACUUUGACUUGAAGGACAAGGACGGUGACACGGCCUUACACAUGUGCAUGAUGGGGAGGCGGACGGACCAAGUGCUGUUAAACAUUCUGGGCUUGCGAAACCUGUCGGAGGACGUGGAGCGGAUCAAGAUUGCCAACUUCCUGUACCAACAUGGUGCCAACCUGGAAGCGAGGAACAACAAAGGACAGACUCCCAUCACAUGCUGUCAAAUAACACACAUUCGGGAGGGCGUGCUUAAAUAUGCCACUGAAAACAAACCCACAAAACCAGAACGGCAUCAGACGAGACCCAAAACAGCCAAGGUUGAAAAGGAGAUCUUCACCACUGCAAAACAGAUGUGUCAUAAAUGCUCGGCCCUCGAGGCCACAGUCAGGUUUGAACCCUGUAAGCACAAGGUGUCAUGUGAGAAAUGCUGCUUCCGGUUUAAGAAGUGCCCCAUUUGUCAGAAAGACAUUCGGAAGAGGGUCGACAAAAAUAACCAGCCAGUGUCGAGUGAUUCCUGUACUAUUCUGUGAAGGGCGUGGGCUUUAUUCAACCAGCUUUGAAUAUAUAAUAUACCGGAUAAACACUUGUAUCAAAAAGCUAUACUCUUAAGUACUACAACAACAAACUGAAAUAUUUUAAAUGUUUUUUUCUGUGUUUAUGAACAUAAUCUCCUGUAUGAGUGUAUACCUGUUAUAAUUGCAUACAUUGUAACCCUGUCACAUGUUGAUUUCGGCACCUGACUGGUAAUUUCUGAAUAUUCACCAUACUUAUUGUAUUGUAUUAACCCUAAAUACGUUAUAUACGAGGAGCGUUUCAUUUGUUGUAGCAACAUACCAUGGUUUCCACGUGCACAUACAUGUAAAGCAUACCAUUGCGAGAGUAUUAAGUUUUAGCUCAACUGAGAACGAAGAGCUCAAUAUAAGGUAUUGCGAUAGAUUUUCGGUGCCCGUCGUCGAUCGUCAACAUAUUUAAAACCCCAGGAUAAAACGUGAUUAAAAUGAUUUUCUUAAUGGUGACAUGAUGAAGUUCAAAUUUGGGUCAUCUCUAAUAAACAAAACUAGGUCACAAGGUCAGCUUCGGUAAAAAUGCUAGGUCAAACCUUAGAAAAACCUUGUAUGGCCAAUAGAGGCGUUUUUAUCUGAACACCUGAAUCCUGAUCAGAAUGAGUGUGUUAAUGAAAUAUCGGGUAGUUUAUUAGUGAUAUUAAAAUGCAUGCACUCAAUGAGGCAAUACGAAUGAAAAAUAAUCAUUCUAUGUAUGUUUUUAAAUACUCGACAAAUGUUUGAAAACAAAAGAAUCAGUGUUUUUGCCGUGUCAACAACUAGAAUGCCAUUUGAUAUAUAUUCAUACUCGCAGUUUUAACUAUUAACGUCAUAAAUGAAUAAAGCUAUGACUUGUG